AUGAUUGCGUUGAACAAUGACGAAGAGCAGCGCAUCUACCUUGCUCCUCCCUUGACCGAUGAUGAAGGCGACCGUGAGCUGCAGGAUGAGAAUGCACAUCUGCUCGACGUCGAAUCCGCCGACGCAGAAACCGGCACCACAUUCCGUAUGCCGGUCUGGCUGAGAGAGUCAUCUUCGUCAUUCCGUUGGACCUGGGUACCUCUUCCAUUGAGAAAGGCUGGCCGUGCCACAGCUCGCUGGAUAAAAGGUCCCGAUCCUCCUCAUGAUCUGCUAUUUCAACCUUUGUUUCCAAAGUUCCAAGAGCUUCCCGUGAGGUUUCUUGACCGAUAUGCGCCCAGGAAGGCCCACAAAGUGACUUUAUUACUCUCUGUCUAUGUGCUUUGGCUGCUGCCGUGGUUCAUUACGCUUGUAAAGUCGAAUUCAUCCGGCCGUAUUGAAGGGUUUGGACGUCCGCAAGCCAUAUCUUGCACUGCAAGCUAUUGGUCUGCUGGGAACGGCUGUGGCUUGAAUGGAAAUGACUGUCGACCGUUCAGUGCCUCUCACUUUGCUUUCCGUUGUCCGGCUAACUGCAGAUCAGUUAUUCUUCAAAAGGAACAAACUAUCGGCAACCAAACUCUCAAUUACCAGUCUCUCGUUGUAGGUGGCCCAGAGCCUGACUCCUCAGACCCCGGCAUCUAUCGGGCAGAUAGUUUUAUCUGUCAAGCUGCCAUCCAUGCUGGCGUCGUCAGCGACUCAGCAGGUGGUUGCAGUGUAGUGAAACUAAAUGGUGCAGCACACUCAUUUCCAUCGUCAAAGCGUAAUGGGAUAACAUCUACAGGUUUCUCAUCUACCUUUCCCAAGUCAUUUAGCUUUGUUCCACUCUCUGAUGGGCAGGCCACCUGCCCUGCGGACCCACGAUGGCCACUGCUCGGUAUCACCGUGGCUGCGGUGGCCCUUAUUUCCAUCUUUACAGUAUCACCUGCCGCGUUCUACUUCAGCACUUUUGGCUUGCUCAUUCUUCAUGUCGGAGUGGUAUCUGACCCUCCGAACCUUCCCACACUGACAGAUCUAUUUUCUAUCCUGCUGUCGCGCUUACUUCCAGCGUCCUUCAUAGUAUACGUUUUGUAUCUUUAUGCCGCACGUCCGCUUUUGGAACGAGUUUCACAUCCAGGAUACCAGCUGGAAAAGACGAUCUUGUACCUGACUCCAGCAUUUAUCGGCGCGCUGAACAACUACACAUUCGCUCUUUGGAUACCACUCCAGCGACUUACUCCCCAUGACCUGCAAAACCAGCCUGGCGCCAAGGCUGCACUUUCAGUUGUGGUUUCUGUCAUCAUGGUGAUCGUGCUGAGUCAAGCAUGGCUAAUCCGGCAGGCUGGACUUAUGCCACGAUAUCUGAUUGUAUAUCUUUCUUUUGUGGCUUUUCUUCUCUUUCUGCUUUCGUUGCCUGGACUCCGGCUUCGGAUUCACCAUUACAUUCUUGCGAUGCUGCUCAUGCCAGGAACUGUGAUUCCCACCCGAGCAUCCUAUGUUUAUCAGGGAUUGCUUUUGGGUCUGUUUAUUAACGGCGUUGCACGAUGGGGGUUUGCUUCUAUUGUCGAAACCCCUGCAGCUUUGGGCGAAGACCCCACGACUCCUGGCGGAUGGUGGGGUGCUUCAUAUCCAAAUAUCACAAACUCGUCUGUAUCAAUCCAUUUGGACACCGCCCCUAGCACAAUCAUGCCGUACAAUGAUGAAAUAUAUAGCGGCAACGGGAACAUCACAUUCUACCUCUGGGAGCGACAACGCAUGGAGAAUCUCGGUGUUGAUGGCAUCAGUAUUCUCCUCAACGACGUCGAACGAUGGCGUGGAUAUCUAGACGAAGAUCGGACAGGAAAAUUCACCUGGCGCCGACAAGGUCGCCGAGGUUUAGAAUUAGUUGAGUAUAGGGGUAUUGAUUUUGAUGUACAAAACGAGAAUGACGACCAUGACGACUUUCCUUUUACAGCACUCAACGACGAUCUACAACCGCGCUCGGUAGAUCGAGGCACACAUAUGGACAUAGACACGGAUGGGGACAAGGACGAACCGCAAGACCUCUUUUUCCGCUUUGCAUUCUUGAGGGGAGCUCAAGCUGGUCAUUACGGAGGAGCUGGUGUUUGGCUUAAGGAUGGAAGAUGGCUUGAUCCUCCUCCGCAGAAGAAGCCUGAUCCGUGA